AUGUUCAAUGGAGGAUCAUUUGAUCUAUCUCCUUCCUCCAUUCUAGAUAUAGUCUUGCAGGCUUCCUCUCCGUAUCUCCACGUCAGGCAUUGCUCAAUAGCUAGGCGCGCCUCACCUAUCGGUUGUCCAGCCAGCCAAAUCUCGAAUAAAUCUAGUUCCAGCGAUUUGCAGUUACAAACGAGCAUGCCGAUAGCUCAUGAAUUACUCUACAAUAAAACAAAUCGCUUAGCCUUGGAUACUCAAAUCCCAGCCUUUUAUGACCUUCCUGAACAAUCGAAUGAUCCUAGUCGCAUCCAAAUUAGUGAGCAGAAUAAGGACUCUAGCAAGUCGGCUGAAGCGGUUGAACAAAAAGAGUCAACGCAAAUAGAACCGAAGGACUUAGAUAAAGGACAAUACGAUAUUGAAGAGGAAGAGACUGCAGAGUUGGCCCUCUUAUCUGAGGCUUGUGAAGUAGCUUCUAGGUCGGUUAUGGGUGCCAGUGCUAACAAUUAUAGCGAUGUCGAGCGUAGCGCCGUAUUUCUGACGGGGCUCUUCAACUUGCUGAUUGCAGUGCUAACGGAACAGCGAUUUCGUUGUGAGCGACCAGAAGGACUAUGCGAGAUGACAUGGACACAAAUUUUAGAAAGUGUUCAUCCUAAGUCGUCUAGGCUUCAACUGCCACAGACUUUUAGUUCCCCAGUUCAUUUCUCCGUAGAAUAUAUUUUCGAAAUUGGUUUUGAUUCCGAAUUCGACUCACAUUCACUCUCCUCAAAAAGCCUAGAGGAAUGCAAAACCGAUUUAUGCGUGCGCAUAGACAAACAGGCUGAUGCUUCGGUCAGACAGUAUCAGGGCCGAGAGUUCUCAAAGCUUGUUUUUCAGGGCUUCCUUGUCUGUUUCUAA